AUGGUGAUGGAGGAGGGUGGUGUGUUUCCGAUUGAGAUAGAGGCGUUGGAGUGUCUGGGUAAAGGGUUUGAUCUGACAAGUGAUUUUAGAUUGAAAUUUGGAAAGGGAGAUAAGAGGUUGGUGGUUCUUGAUGAAGUUAACAAAAGGGACAUUAUGGUUCCUGGUGGAGUUACCAUUCCACAUGUUUCCAAUGAUAUUCGUUGUGACAAAGGGGAUCGGAUUCGCUUCAAAUCUGAUGUCCUUGAAUUCAACCAGAUGUCUGAGUUGCUUAAUCAGAAAUCAGCUAUACAAGGAAAAAUUCCUUCUGGCUAUUAUAACGCUCUAUUUGAUUUAAGUGGUGAUUGGUUUCGUGAUGCUAAUGACAUCAAAUAUCUUGCUUUUGAUGGUUAUUUCAUUUCACUGUACUAUUUCCACCUAACUGCUUCACACCUGAUACUGCAAGAGGAAGUAAAGAAGUCUGUCCCAGCUCAGUGGGAUCCAGCUUCAUUGUCCAGGUUCAUUCAUACAUACGGUACGCACAUAAUAAUAGGCAUGGCUGUUGGGGGUCAAGAUGUAAUAUGUGUCAAACAAAAACAUUCUUCAAAGAUUGCCCCUAGUGAUCUCAGAAGACAUUUAGAGGAUCUUGGAGAUUUCAUGUUUUCAGAUUCAAGAAGUCCUUCCUUACCACAGAGAAUAACUACAGAUGGCAAACAAAAAGUCCCUGAGGUCUUUAAUCGUGUGAUGCAAUCAAGCACAACGCAGUUCACCAGCAUCUCAGAAACAUCAAGCAAGGAUGGCCUCACUAUUAUUUGCUCAAAAAGAGGAGGAGAUGUGUUCAAGCAGAGUCAUUCAGAUUGGCUCCAGACAGUGGCUUCUAAUCCUGAAGCAAUCAUCUUCAAGUUUAUUCCUAUUUCCUCACUUCUGACAGGAAUUCCUGGAAGUGGCUAUCUUAGUCAUGCAAUCAAUUUGUAUUUGCGCUAUAAGCCUACUCCUGAAGAUUUACAAUACUUCUUGGAGUUUCAAAUUCCCAGGCAAUGGGCACCUAUGUUUGGUGAGCUACCUCUGAGGCAUCAAUGGAAAAAGACCUCUUCCCCUUCCCUGCAAUUUAGUUUCAUGUGUCCGAAGCUUCAUAUCAACUCUGCAAAGGUAGUAAGUGAACAAAAACCUGUGGUGGGACUCCGCUUGUACUUGGAGGGCAGGAAAUGUGAUAGACUUGCAAUACAUAUAAAUCAUCUUUCAAGCCUCCCAAAUACAAUGAUACUCUCUUCAGGCACCUCAACACUGAGCAAGCCAUCAAUGUGGAGAGGAUCUGAUGAUAAUGAAUCCAGUGACCAAUUUCUGGAACCAAUAAGGUGGAAGAGAUUUGCAAAUGUGUGCACCUCAGUGGUUAAGCAUGACCCUAACUGGUUGCAUGAAUCAUCAAGUGGUGUGUAUAUUGUAACAGGUGCAAAACUCAUUAGCAAAGGGAGUUGGCCAAGGAAUGCACUUCAUUUGCGUCUUCUCUUUACUCACAUACCCAAUUGCACUAUCAGGAAGUCAGAAUGGGCUGCAGCACCAGAGGCUUCAAGAAAAUCAUCUUUCCUAACAAAUCUGAGCACAACUUUUACAUUCACACAACAAAGUGUAACUGGUCCUCGGAAGCAGACUCCAACUGAACUUAACUCUGGUGUGUAUCCAGAUGGUCCACCUGUCCCCGUUCGUUCUAGUAAACUGCUUAAAUAUGUGGAGACAAGUGAGGUUGUGAGGGGCCCGCAUGAUGCUCCUGGUCAUUGGUUGGUAACAGCUGCUAAGCUUGUCACAGAGGGUGGCAAGAUUGGAUUACAAGUGAAGUUUGCAUUGUUAGAUUACUAGUGGUUCCAAG